AUAUUGAAAAACCCAAACAAACAAACUGAAGGCAGAGCCCGGCGGGCAGGGCUGACGGGCUUGGCGGCGGCCCUCCCAGCUCCUAACGGUUUCCGGCGGUCCCAACCUCCGCCCCUGAGAGCGGCCGCCCCCGGUGUGGCCGCAGGCCGGGGCCGAGCGGUACCGCCCGGCGGGCCCGGGGGCGGGAAAGGCGAGGGGGAGCCGGCUGCGAGCGGUCCUGCGUGGGGAGCUCCACGGCGGAAGGGUCACUGCCGCAGCGCUGCCGGCGCCCGGCCCGCCGCGAGUCUGUGGCGCUGCGUGCCUGGAGCGGGCGUGGCCCCCGCAAGGCGCUGGGCGAGCGGCGGCGCGGCGGGCACCAUGCUGGCUUCCCGGUUGUGCACCAUGAGGAAGCUUCCUCCUGUUCUGGCUAGGAUGCUCACUUCUGGCACCAGUGGCUCCCCAGUGCUUCCUGACAUGUCUGAAGGGCACUUACCCAUUCAUGUGAAUAACGUGCGGAGCAGAUUGAGGGAUAUAGUGGGAGCAUCUACCAACUGGAGGGAUCAUGUGCAAGCAAUGCAAGAAAGAAAAGCUCUUCAUACUUUACUGGCAAAACGGCAGGAAGAUCUCCCUCCUAGAAGAAUGAAGGAUAGCUACUUGGAAGUUAUUCUACCUCUAGGAAGUCAACCUGAAAUAAGAGAAAAAUACCUGAAUGUACACAACAGUGUAAGGUUUGGAAGGAUACUUGAAGAUCUUGACAGUUUAGGAGUUCUUAUUUGCUACACUCAUACCAAGCAGGAAAUGCAGCCAAGGUCUCCCUUAUCAAUAGUUACAGCUCUGGUGGAUAAAAUCAAUUUGUGCAAGAAGAUUAUAUAUCCAGAUUGUGACAUCAAAUUCACAGGCAAUGUCUCUUGGGUUGGGAGGACCUCAAUGGAAGUGAAGAUGCACAUGCUGCAGCUACAUGAUGGUGAUUACAGCCCUGUGUUAGAUGCAACCUUUGUCAUGGUGGCCCGGGAUCCAGAGAAUAAACGGCCAGCGUUUGUUAAUCCACUCGUUCCAGAGAGCCCUAAGGAAGAAGAAAUCUUCAAGCAAGGGGAAUUGAACAAGCUGAAGAGGAUUGAUUUCAGCACUGCUUCCUUACUGAAAAUGGCUCCCACUGCAGAAGAAAGAAAAAUUAUUCAUGACAUAUUCCUUAAUACAUUGGACACAAGGACAGUAAGUUUCCGGAGUCGUAAAUUACCACCCAAUUCAGUGUGGAUGGAAGAUGCAAAGCUAAAAGGCCUACAGAUUUGCCAUCCUCAGGAACGGAAUAUCUUCAAUAGGAUAUUUGGGGGUUUUCUCAUGAGAAAAGCGUUUGAACUGGGAUGGGCAACUGCUUGCAGCUAUGGGAGUUCCAGACCUUUUAUUGUAUCUGUUGACGAUAUCAUGUUUCAGAGGCCAGUUGAGGUUGGAUCCUUAUUACUGCUUUCUGGACAGGUCUGUUACACAGAAAAAAACUACAUCCAGGUUCGAGUACACAGUGAGGUUUAUGAUGCAGAUACCAGGGAGCACCAGACAACCAAUAUCUUCCAUUUUACAUUUAUAUCAGAAAAUGAAGUCCCACAGGUUGUCCCCAAAACUUACGGAGAGUCCAUGUUGUAUUUAGAUGGGAAGCGACACUUUGCUGCAAUCAUGAAAGACAUCUGACACACUGAGUGCUGCAUCAGCAGUGUAGCAGCAUGCUGUCUGGGAGGGAGUUGUCGGCAGAGAUGGCUAACAGACAGGUGCUUGCUAUACUAAAAAAAAAACCCCACCCCAAAACAAAACCCCGAAGCCCACAACAAAUCCUGCCUUUUUAGUGCUAUUUAUGUAUUCGCAUAGAUUUGGAUUUUUUUAUUCUCUGCUACUAGGAUUUGUUGAAAUCUUCUUUUACAUGCCAAUGCUAGGAAAAAAAGGCUGAAAAAGAUACAAUCUUAAGCUAUAGAUAGCUUCUCUUUGUCUGCUUUGACAGAUCUCAUUAUGACUUUGGCUGUCUUGUCACCAUCUGCCUUCUUUCCCUUAGUAGCUCUCCUUUGUGUUUUGCUGAUAAGGGAUAGAAGUUUUAUCAGAAAAAUGUGUGCAAUAAGUAAAUACACACAGAUGAAGUAAUUUGACCUACAUUCUUGUGUAAGUUAGGUUUAGGGUUGUCCUUUUUUUUUUUUUUUUUUUUUAACAAGGACACAUGCAUCUGGGCAGCAACAUAAACUCAGAAGUUACUAGUGUGUGCACAGUGUAAAGCAGGUGUUUCCUGUGAGCUGGGAUUUUUACAAGGUUGUUGCAGCUUCUGUUUCAGAUGGUUUUAUGUUCCCUUGGAAGGAAACUGAGUUUUGCAGUGAAAUGGGGUGGCCAGAUGGUCUCUUCUGGCAUUCUGUUUGUGUACAGCCAGUCCUAACCAGCCUCUUCUUUUUUUUUUUUUUUUUUUUUUUUUUUUUUUUUAAUGUAACUGUAAGUUAAUUCCUUAAUGAAUUGUUUCUCAUGUCCUGUAGAGUAGAGAUCUGACUGGUGAGAUUGGGUGGGACUGGGAAAUGGCAUUGUAGAGCAGAGCAUUUUGGUUUGUUAAGGAUUGGGAGCAGGAAGGGUGAAAUGCUGCUAAAAUGGUGAUGGUUAUCUUUGGUGCUGGAGUUGGGGCUCCAGAGGAUCUGUGUUGACCAGCUCCCAAGUCAGCUGCUGAAUGGUGGGAGGAUUUUUGUUGCACUGAUUUUUUUUUUAUUGUACGGUCAGAGGACAGCCUCCCCAGCUGGAUUAUUUGUCUGUUUCCUUGGUAGACUGUAAUGAAAUAUGAAUAUUGCACAGCUUUAAAGGUUGUCAAGUUUACCUGUGAAGGACAGAGUAGUUCCCCACCACAGACGGGACACCGCGGUGAACAUAACUCUGGCAAAUCAGUAACAGAAAGAAAGUACUUGAGACUGAAAUGCUUCCGAUGUAGUGGAUAAAGUUUUAAUAAUCUCCAGUAGCUGGCAGAUAAAAGUCCAACAUCCUGAAAUUAGGAACAUGAGUGGAUACGAGGCAUCAGCUUUUAGCAGUGAGGAUGAUUACUCACAAGCACAAAAUGGGACCUCUGAUUCCUUCAAAUCAAGACUGAUACCCUGUCUGAUCAAGACACCCAAAGAGAAGUAGUUGGGCUCAAUGGUAGGUUAAAUGGAUGAUGUCUUAUAAUAUACGAGAAUAGACUCUGGAUUUCUUGCUAGGUUUGAAAUCUUUUGAAAUCAGGAAGCAGCAAGUAGAAAUUAUGUGAAUCAGCACAGAUGCACGAAACAGGUUGAUAAAAUAAGCAACAUGUUGAAAUUUUACUUCUGAAUAAGAAAGUUUGAGAAAUUCAGUUAGGAUCAUCUUUCUUUGGUGCUAGGAUAGCAUGAAGGUCGUGGCUCCUAACAGCUGAUUGCUAUUCAUGUCAGGACAGUGAGCACUGUAAUAACUGGCAUGUUACACAUCAGCCUUUCCUUUCUGGGAUUUGGCUGCCUUUAUUUAUAAGUUAGUUAGCUUUCUAGUGGAGGCACAGGGUGUUGCCUGUUCCAUAUAAGAUGAAUGCAUUGCGGUGAUCGUGAGCUGUUGGUUCCUUACAUAGAAUUUCUCUCUUUAGCCACACUCCAGUGCUGAUUCAACCUUAUGAUGUUAUUAUCUUUUUCUUUAAUGAUUAUGACACUGUGGAUAUAUAUUGUAUUUUCUGGUUUUCUCCUUUUUAAAACUCUUUGGAAGCUGAAUGUACUUGACUGACCACACAAAUAAAGAACUGAAAUUCUACCCCA